AGAAAUGGUUUGUUGCAGUGGAGCCUGGGACUUCCACUCGUGCGUGAGGCGAGCGGAGCCGGAGACGAGACCAGAGGCCGAACUCGGGUUCUGACAAGAUGGCCGGGCUGCCCCGCAGGAUCAUCAAGGAAACCCAGCGUUUGCUGGCAGAACCAGUUCCUGGCAUCAAAGCAGAACCAGAUGAGAGCAACGCCCGUUAUUUUCAUGUGGUCAUUGCUGGCCCUCAAGAUUCCCCCUUUGAGGGAGGGACUUUUAAACUUGAACUAUUCCUUCCUGAAGAAUACCCAAUGGCAGCCCCUAAAGUACGUUUCAUGACCAAAAUUUAUCAUCCUAAUGUAGACAAGUUGGGAAGAAUAUGUUUAGAUAUUUUGAAAGAUAAGUGGUCCCCAGCACUGCAGAUCCGCACAGUUCUGCUAUCCAUCCAGGCCUUGUUAAGUGCUCCCAAUCCAGAUGAUCCAUUAGCAAAUGAUGUAGCGGAGCAGUGGAAGACCAACGAAGCCCAAGCCAUAGAAACAGCUAGAGCAUGGACUAGGCUAUAUGCCAUGAAUAAUAUUUAAAUUGAUCCGAUCAUCAAGUGUGCAUCACUUCUCCUGUUCUGCCAAGACUUCCUCCUUUUUGUUUGCAUUUAAUGGACACAGUCUUAGAAACAUUACAGAAUAAAAAAGCCCAGACAUCUUCAGUCCUUUGGUGAUUAAAUGCACAUUAGCAAAUCUAUGUCUUGUCCUGAUUCACUGUCAUAAAGCAUGAACAGAGGCUAGAAGUAUCAUCUGGAUUGUUGUGAAACGUUUAAAAGCAGUGGCCCCUCCCUGCUUUUAUUCAUUUCCCCCAUCCUGGUUUAAGUAUAAAGCACUGUGAAUGAAGGUAGUUGUCAGGUUAGCUGCAGGGGUGUGGGUGUUUUUCUUUAUUUUAUUUUAUUUUUUUUGAGGGGGGAGGUAGUUUUAUUUUUAAUUUUAUGGGCUCCUUUCCCCCUUUUUUGGUGAUCUAAUUGCAUUGGUUAAAAGCAGCUAACCAGGUCUUUAGAAUAUGCUCUCUAGCCAAGUCUAACUUUAUUUAGACGCUGUAGAUGGACAAGCUUGAUUGUUUGAAACAAAAUGGGAACAUUAAACAAACAUCACAGCCCUCACUAAUAACAUUGCUGUCAAGUGUAGAUUCCCCCCUUCAAAAAAAGCUUGUGACCAUUUUGUAUGGCUUGUCUGGAAACUUCUGUAAAUCUUAUGUUUUAGUAAAAUAUUUUUUGUUAUUCUAAAAAAAAAAAAAAAAAAAAAAAAAAAGAAA